CCUUGGGCCUCGCCGGGUGUGGAAUUCAAGAAUGGACAAGCAGUCUGUCACAGCUUGUUUUGUGGUGAUACUUGUGCUCUUAGGAAGCAGUAUGAGUGCAGAGAUCUGUGAGAGAACGGGCAAUAUAUUGACCAUAUGCACCAAUUCUAUCUGCGCGCGGCUCUGUCAUCUGGAUGCAGAGGCAUCUAAGAGAAAACUCGCGCAUUACUCGUGCGCUGGGACGGUCUUCAGCUUUUGCAACUGCAAAGUUUGCACCAUUUUAUAGAAGUUGGAUAGACAUUUACUAUGCCAAGUGCACUUGAAGUGUUGAUUUAAUAAUUGGGCACUUUGUAUCCUGGAG